AUGACAGAUAAACAAAAAAUUCGUAAAUUAACAAAUGGACUUAAAUUAUCAUUAUAUCAAGAAGCUAUUAAAGAAACUUAUUCAACACCAUUUGAUUUUUUAACAAAGGUACAACAAUUGGAAAAUAUUCAGAAGUUGAUUGAAUUAAGACAAAAUCAAACAACUCAAGUAUCAACUAUAAUGAAGAAUGAUGACAAAUUAUCAUUACCAUCACAUUCUUAUCAAUCAUCGAGUCGACAACCAAACAAUUACUCGACAAGACCGACAUAUUAUUCUUCAUCCGCACAAAAAGAUUAUUCAUAUACAACACAGCAAUCGUUUCCACCACCAUCGAAUCCAUAUCCAUCAUACGAUCACUAUGAAUUAUUAUUUUUUUAG